AUGCACCUGCGACUGGCAGCUUUUCUGCUCGUUCUUGCUGAAUUUCGAGUGUCAUGUUUUGAUUUACGGUUCCUUCAAAGAAACAAAACAAUUCAACCGGUGGCAAUUGAAAUACCUACGCAAUUUCCUGCAACGGCUCCCGACACCACAGAUGGUGUAUGGUCAGAGUGGAAGGAGGUCCUUUCGUGCAACGCGGAGUGCGGUUCCUGCGGAUCACAGGUUUUCCGCCGGACAUGUAUCGGUGGAUCUUCCUGCAGAGGGAACUCCAGGAAAGAGGAGCGAUGUAACAUACAAGUAUGCGACUAUCCAAAGCCUUCAUGUUGUCCGCCUUUUAAACUGAUGCUGAUCGAAGGACAGUUCGCAUGCGGACCUCAGCAGGAGAGUGUCGUCGCUGCGUUCGCUGCCCAGCUGCAAGCGAAACCACUACAGUCAAUCAACUCUCCUCCAGCUGUGCUCUCCUCCGAAGUGAGCAGCAUCUUUCCCUACAUGGAUACAUGGAGAAUUCUAAGAAGAAUUUUGAUCUAA